AUGAUAAUGAACAACCAAACUGUCAUCUCCCACUUCCUCCUUAUGGGCCUGCCCAUCCCCCAAGAGCACCAGCACCUGUUCUAUGCCCUGUUUCUGUCCAUGUACCUCACCACUGUCCUGGGGAACCUCAUCAUCAUCAUCCUCAUUCUACUGGACUCCCAUCUCCACACACCCAUGUACUUCUUUCUCAGCAACUUGUCCUUCUCUGACCUCUGCUUCUCCUCUGUCACAAUGCCCAAAUUGCUGCAGAACAUGCUGAGCCUUGAUCAAUCCAUCACCUACACAUGUUGUCUGAUACAAAUGAACUUUACAAUAAUUUUUGGAAACAUAGAGAGCUUCUUUAUUGUGGUCAUGGCCUAUGACCGCUAUGUGGCCAUCUGCUUCCCCCUUCAUUACACCACCAUCAUAAGCCCCAAACUCUGUGUGAGUCUGGUGGUGCUGUCCUGGGUGCUGUCCACAUUCAAUGCCAUGAUGCACACCCUACUCAUGGCCAGAUUGUCAUUCUGUGAAGACAAUGUGAUCUCCCACUUUUUCUGUGACAUAUCUGCUCUGCUCAAGUUGGCUUGUUCUGAUACUCAUAUUAAUGAAUUAAUGACAUUUAUCAUGGGAGGGCUUGUUAUUGUCAUCCCAUUCUUACUGAUCAUUGUGUCCUAUGUACAAAUUGUCUGUUCGAUUCUAAAGGUUUCAUCUACUCGAGUUAUCUACAAGGUCUUCUCCACCUGUGGCUCCCACCUGUCUGUGGUCUCACUGUUCUAUGGGACAAUUAUUGGUCUCUACCUAUGUUCAUCAGCUAAUGACUCCACUGCAAAGGAGACAGCCAUGGCCAUGAUGUACACAGUGGUGACUCCUAUGCUGAAUCCCUUCAUUUACAGCCUGAGGAACAGAGAUAUUAAGGAGGCCCUGAUAAGAGUCCUUUACAAGAAGAAAAUCUCCUUAUAG